AUGUCGGAAAUUAAUGCAUUAUCAUUUGUUAAAAUGUUUCUUCAUCUAGCUAAAUAUCCUGAAUUAGCUGUUAAUGGUGUUUUAUUAAGUGCUCGAACUGAUUCUACAAAUGAAGAAGUUGAUUCAUCAUCAUAUUUGCAUUUUGUUGAUUGUAUUCCAUUAUUUCAUGGUGUUCUUUCAUUAUCACCUAUGCUUGAAAUAGCAUUAUCACAAGUAAUAUCUAUGAAAAAAAAAA